AUGGGCAGAAACAAAGUCCGCCUGGAAGAUCUCCCGUUGGAAAAAAGACUUAGAGUCACUUUGUACAAUAUAGAUGACUGCAAUGCCGCAAUUCGCGGCCAAAAUAUUCCUGGUGCUCUCGGACUAAAAGUCCAACGCUUCGCUGUUAUCCGUGGCAUUCGACACCACGAUGGUUUCGCCAACGAGUUACGCGGCGUCGCACCGGAGUUCACUCGUGCACUCAACGCGCGUGCAAUUAUGAGCGGAGUGAUCCCGGAGAUCAACGACUCCCCUGAGAUACCCUAUUGCAUCUGGUAUCCGCAACCUCCUUCCCAGGAGACCCUUCGCAAUUUGGUGAAGCGUUAUCCCAACAUGAUUUAUCACGCUGCUCGCUCCUGUGCCGUGGCGGGAUAUUUCGAUCUUUACUCGGAGCUUCAGGUUCUUCCCGAGGUUCAUGUUGCUGCCGAGGCUCGCGACGCUAGCCUCGCAAGGAAGAACAAAGGCAGCGAGGCAAUAUACGAGCAAAUAAUGUCGAGUCAGUUGAAAUUUGAAUUAAUGAAUGAUUAUGAUCGAUCUGUCAAUCUUGAAAACCCUCGUCCGGCACAUCUGAAUGGAGAUACGGCGGUCUUUUCCGAUCUCACUGCACGGAUGCUUCAUGCAGGAGUGGAUAACAGCAGUAAGCGUUCUGUCAAUCUUGUUGAUUAUAUCGAGUGGGAUUCGAAAGAGUACAAUACGUAUAACCACUUCAACAUCACUGAGGACAUAGGAAUCGACGAUCAUAGUUGCGGUGCGCCGGAGCCUUUGGCCAGCUUUUGGCCACUUCUAUAUUUGCCUCUACCGUCAGACCUUCCACCAGUUAAUAAAGACAACCUGAUUCUAUCGGCUGCAUAUGGAGGGGACGUGGAUCGAUAUAUACGCCUACGACGCCCACAGAUGAUCGAACAAGAAUUCCACGCUAUCAUUUGGGGGAUAUACAAUCACCCCCUUUGGGCGCGAUGGUGGAGCACACAGGUGCCGGAGGUCCCCGAUAAAAGUGAGGACGUAUCCCUAAGGCGCGCAAUCAAUACUCGACGCAUCAUCAGUGACGAUAUUACUUCUAUCACACUAAGUACCCCGGAAUCGCUGGUACCUCGCAGAAUAUGGUGGCCUAGUGUUGCUUCUCCAGUAACCUACGUGCGUCUCGCGCAGAAAAGGCCUGAUAUGCUCGAGUCUUGUCUACGGGCAUGUAUUGUCGCUGAUUACGAAGAUGCGUGGGAUGAAAUUCUGAUUGGGUCAUUCGAUAGCCCGAAUGAUUCCAAAGUUACUCGACUUUCCGAAGUCGUCAGAUCGCAGAUCUAUGCCGAGGCUAAAGAUUCAUGCAAUCCGCACUACCUCGACGACAUAAAUUCGCUUGGAGCAGCCAGGGUGGAGAAGCUUGAAGCCGAUAUAUACUACUUGGAUGACAUACGUACUGCGAGAUGGAUUUAUUCGCCACGCUCGACUGCCCAGAGAGUUGUAAUCAAAAACAAGCCCUUCGCGCUGACCACGGGGGGAGGGGCUCGAAUGGAAUUCCGAGAGAGCCGAGCAACCUGGGAUUCUCAAUUUUUGGCAUAG